AAAAAAAAAAAACAAAAAAAAAAGGAAUAGAAAAAGGAAAAUGGGCGACAGAGAGACUGUUCCUUCAUUUGCUCGUUGUUGUACGACUAGUAGAAGUAGAUUUUAUUGUUGUUGGUGUUGUUUUUAUUAUUUUUAUUAUUGUUUUCCUUUAAAUCCAAAUUCCAAAUCCUUUUCGUCUCUUUUGGGUCUCUUUUAUCUUAAAUUUUCUUCUUCUAUAUCAAAACUGUUUUUAUUAAUUCUACUUUUAUUAUUAUUGUUUGUUAUUCUCCCCAAAAUCUCACCGCACAUCUCAAUCACGCACAACGAACGAAGGACUCUUCUUCAAUUUUUAUUCUUUUCGAUUCUUCUUCGUAGAGAGAGAGAGAGAGAGAAAGUGGAGUUGAUAAUAAAAAGUCGUUUCUUUUUAGAGAGAGAAACUCUGGAAUUGGAUUUAUCCCCCUUUUUCCCGUCAAAGGUGUGCGAAGACGAACCCUAAUUGUGGAGGAGAAGGAGAAAUUCGCGUUUCUUUUUUGAUGUUUUUGUCUUUCUUUGUAAGUUUUGAUUCUCGUUCAGAGACGGAAAGGUGAAGAUAUUUUUGGUUCUGUGAAGUUUUUUCUUUUUUUUUUUUUUUGGUUAGCAAUGGAGGCUGGUUCGGAGGGAGAGAAGAAGAAGCCUCCCGAGGGAGAGAACAAGAAUAAGCGCAAGAUGAAGACGGCUUCGCAAUUGGAGAUACUUGAAAAAACUUAUGCAGAGGAGGCCUACCCGUCGGAGUCGUUGAGAGCGGAGUUAUCGGUGAAAUUGGGGCUUUCCGAUCGGCAAUUGCAGAUGUGGUUUUGCCACAGGAGGUUGAAGGACCGGAAGGCGACGCCGACGCCAGCGAAGCGGCCGCGGAAGGACUCGCUGGGUGCGGCUGGGUUUGCUGGUGGAAGCGGCGAGGAAUUGGCGGCAGGGGACUUGGGCAAUGAGCAUGGUUCCGGGCCGGUUCCGGGGCCGAGCACGUUCGGGCAUUUCGUGGAGCCUCAGCGCAUAGCUCCGCGGCAUCGGGGGGCUGGUCCUAGAGCCGGAGGCGAUAUGCUGCCGGCAAUGAAGAGGUACUAUGAGCCGCAGCAGACGAAUCCCGAGCUUCGAGCUAUUGCCUUUGUGGAGGCGCAGCUGGGGGAUCCACUGAGGGAAGACGGGCCAAUUCUGGGGAUGGAGUUUGAUCCGUUGCCUCCGGAUGCUUUUGGAGCGCCAAUUGGAGCAGCAAUGGUUGGGCAACAUAAGCAAUCUGGACGUCCUUUUGAUGCAAAAAUAUAUGAUCGUUCUGAUGCAAAAUCAGUGAAGGGUACCACAAGGGCUCUCCAUGAAUACCAGUUUAUUCCAGAGCAGCCAAGUGUUAGGACCGAGACAUAUGAAAGACGUGCACCAUCAUAUCAUUAUGGCUCACCUGCUGAUGGCCCAAAUGGUAGGACUUCGUCGUUAUCAACUGGGCAUAUGUAUUUGCAUGGAAAUGAGCAUCUAUCCGCUGGAUAUGGAUUUCAAGAUGCUUAUCUUGGUACUCAUCCGGUUCAUCAGCUGGAAAAUCCCUUUAUAGCACCUGAUAGGAGGGUCAUCAAUGAGGAGGACAAUUCACGAAUAGAAAGGAAGCGCAAGAGUGAAGAGGCAAGACUUGCCAGAGAAGUUGAGGCUCAUGAAAAAAGGAUUAGAAAAGAACUUGAAAAACAAGAUAUUUUGAGGCGAAAGAGAGAGGAGCAAAUAAGGAAAGAAAUGGAGAGGCAUGACCGUGAGAGGCGGAAAGAAGAAGAAAGGCUAUUGCGUGAAAAGCAGCGAGAGGAGGAGAGGUACCAAAGGGAGCAAAGGCGUGAACUGGAGCGGAGAGAGAAAUUCUUGCAAAAGGAGUCUAUUAGAGUAGAGAAAAUGAAGCAAAAAGAAGAAUUGCGCAGAGAAAAGGAGGCUGCAAGGCUUAGAGCUGCCCAUGAGAGAGCGAUUGCUCGCAGAAUUGCUAAAGAAUCAAUGGAACUAAUUGAAGAUGAGCGCUUGGAACUUAUGGAGUUGGCUGCAUCAAGCAAGGGACUGCCUUCAAUACUUUCCCUUGAUUAUGAAAUUUUGCAGAAUCUUGAAUUAUAUAGAGAAAUGCAAACGGCAUUCCCACCAAAGUCUGUGCAUUUGAAAAAGCCUUUUGCAAUUCAACCGUGGAUAUAUUCCGAGGAUAACAUUGGAAGUCUUCUCAUGGUGUGGAGGUUCUUGAUUACGUUUGCAGAUGUUCUUGGACUUUGGCCAUUUACUCUGGAUGAAUUCAUUCAAGCUUUUCAUGAUUAUGAUACGAGGUUGUUGGGUGAGAUACAUAUUUCUCUCCUGAGAUCCAUCAUUAAAGAUAUUGAGGAUGUAGCAAGAACACCAUCAACAGGGUUAGGAGCAAAUCAAACUAGUGCUGCUAAUCCCGGAGGUGGUCAUCCACUGAUCGUAGAAGGGGCAUAUUCUUGGGGUUUUGACAUUCGAAGCUGGCAACGCCAUUUAAAUCCAUUGACAUGGCCUGAAAUAUUGCGGCAGUUUGCUCUAUCUGCUGGAUUUGGGCCACAGCUGAAGAAAAGGAAUAUUGAACCAUCAUAUGUUCGUGAUGACAAUGAGGGCAAUGAUGGCGAGGAUAUAGUUUCUAAUCUACGCAGUGGAGCAGCUGUAGAGAAUGCUUUUGCUAAAAUGCAAGAAAGGGGUUUUUCUAAUCCCCGUAGAUCUAGACAUCGAUUGACACCUGGAACUGUUAAGUUUGCGGCAUUUCACGUUCUUUCUCUUGAGGGGGAAAGGGGUCUUACUAUAUUAGAAGUUGCAGACAGAAUUCAGAAAUCCGGACUUCGGGAUCUUACAACUAGCAAGACACCAGAAGCCUCUAUAGCUGCUGCUUUAUCGAGGGAUACAAAACUUUUUGAGAGAACAGCUCCUUCAACUUAUUGCGUGCGUGCUGCAUAUAGGAAGGACCCAUCUGAUGCUGAGGCAAUACUUUCUGCAGCCAGGGAAAGGAUUGGGACCUUUAAAAGUGGGUUCUUGGAUGGAGAAGAUGCCGAUGAUGGCGAAAGAGAUGAAGACUCCGAAAGUGAUGUUGCUGAGGAUCCGGAAAUUGAUGAUCUAGGUACCGAAAUAAACCCAGAAAGGAGUGUUCAAGGUUCUCAAGAAGUGAACAAAUUGGAUGUAAUAUCACUUUUGGAAAAUGGAAAGGGCAGUGUCGAAGUUAUUGAAAUGCCAGAAAAAGUUCUCCAAAAUAUUGGUGAAAGCUGUGUGAAGACAAAAGAACCCUAUUCUUCCUUUGGUCAAUCUGUUGAUAUUAUUGGAAGCUGCAAUGACGCAUCUAUUGUUGACCAUGAAGAUGCAGAUAUUGAUGAAAGCAACCCUGGUGAACCAUGGGUUCAAGGGCUUAUAGAAGGAGAUUACUCUGAUCUUAGUGUCGAGGAGCGCCUUAAAGCACUUGUUGCAAUAAUCGGUGUGGCAGUUGAAGGCAACUCAAUUCGUCUAGUUCUUGAGGAACGUUUGGAAGCAGCAAAUGCUUUAAAGAAGCAAAUGUGGGCAGGGGUGCAACUUGAUAAACGUCGCAUGAAAGAAGAAUACGUAAUGAGAAUGCAUUGUUCAUCAAUUAUGGUUAACAAGUUGGAGCCUAAUCUUGCAUAUACAUCAGCAGGGAGCAGACAAAGUCCUUUUGUUACUGUUGAUGACAAAAAUAACAAGACUACAGAGAAUCUUGGUGUCCAGGAGGAGAGGAUAAGUGAUCCACCAGAUGACAGUCUUCAUGUCAGUAGUUUUCCUUCUGAAGGAAACCUGCAAAUGCAAGAGGUCUCUGCUGCUGAAAAUCACGUGUCUCAGCAACCAGGCUAUGCUGUUGAAAGGACUCGAUCCCAGUUAAAAUCUUAUAUUGGACACAAGGCAGAAGAAAUGUAUGUGUAUAGAUCACUGCCACUAGGUCAGGACCGUAGGCGUAAUCGAUACUGGCAGUUUAUUACAUCUGCUUCUCAAAAUGAUCCUGGCUGUGGCCGGAUCUUUGUUGAGUUGUACGAUGGUCGUUGGAGGCUUAUUGAUUCUGAAGAGGGUUUUGAUGUGCUUCUUGCAUCUUUGGACAUACGUGGGGUUAGGGAAUCCCAUUUGCAAAUGAUGUUGCAGAAGGUUGAGAUUUCUUUUAAGAAAGCUGUUAGGAAGAAGAUGCUACAUGCUAACGUAAGAAAACAAAGUGAAGAUGCCAAAUUAGAAGCUUUUGAAACGACUCCUCACCCUAAUUUCAGUAUCCGUCCUGAUAGCCCUAGCAGUACCCUCUGUAGUGCUAAUUCUGAUGUGUCAGAGUCCUCUACUUCUUUUGAAAUUGAACUUGGGAGGAACAAAAAUGAGUCAAAUGGUGCAUUAAAGAGAUAUCAAGAUCUAGAGAGGUGGAUUUGGAAAGAAUGCUAUAGUUCUUCCAUGUUAUGUGCAAUCAAGCAGGGAAAGAAAAGGUGCAAGCAACUGCUGGAAAUAUGUGAUGAUUGCCACAGUAUUUAUUCUUCAGAAGAGGAUCAUUGUCCUUCCUGCCAUAUGACCUAUGGUACCUUGGAGAGAGGCAUAAGAUUUUCUGAACAUGUAGCUCAAUGUAUAGAGGAACGUAAGGUGGGCCAAAAUUGUUCUUUGCAUGCUUCACCUACUUUACCCCCGACAAUCAGGUUACUGAAACUCCUAUUAGCUUUAAUUGAGGUUUCUGUACCUUCAGAAGCUCUUCAAUCACUUUGGACUCGCAGCUGUCGAGAAUCAUGGGGUGUAAGGGUAAACACAUCAUCAUCAGCGGAAGACCUUCUCCAAGUUCUCACGUUGUUAGAAGGUGCCAUUAAGAGGGAGUUUUUGUUCUCGGAUUUUGAGACUACCAGUGAACUUCUGGAGUCCUUGAAUCCAGGAAGAUAUGCUGUUACAAGUUCUCAUUCUCUUGAAACAGUUGCCGUUCUUCCAUGGGUACCACGGACAAGCGCUGCUGUGGCUUUACGAGUCAUGGAGUUCGAUGCAGCCAUCUUUUACGUCCCGCGGCAGAAAGUGGAGUCUCAGAAGGACAAAGGAUCUGAUGUUAUACUUUCCUCAAGAUAUGCUGUUGGGAAGAGUCCCCUUGAUGAGACAAUGCGAACUCCAGGCCAAGGUUACCAUCUUAAAGAAGAUUACUGGCCUGAUCUUGGACUUGGACUUGCUGACCCUGACAUUGGAAAAGGAAUUCGUGGAAGAGGCCGUGGUCGUACUCGUGGCAACCGAUCACAGAGAAGGGCCAUUGGUUCUACUUCUAGAGGUGAUACUGCAAAGAAAAGCAAUGGGAUAUUAGGUCAAGGACUUGGAUGGAAAGGGCGGCAACGUGGACGAGGCCGUAAACGCGGUCGUCGUAGCAUUAGAAGCAGGGCAAAACCAGCAAAGAGGAUGGUCAAGACUGAUGUUGUGAAAAAUAACCCGGAGGAGAAGGUUUCCAAGAAGGCCCCAAGUUUAGUCCAAAAAUGGAAUGCAGAAGAUACAACUGGUUUCCAGUUGGAAGGAGCAGAGCCAGCUAGCAGUUCUGGAAGAUCAGAGUACGAUGGUGAAAAUGGUGAAGGAUCAGGAGAUGAAUACGAGGAUACAGCAGUGGAUGACUAUGCCAGUGGCUUCAAUAGCAAGUCCGGUGAUCUGGAGGGAAGUGAUUAUAAUGUGGAUGGAGUUGAGGAGAUCGAUGGUGAUGAUGAUGUUGAGGGGUACGAUGCCAGAGAAGGCUACGAUGCCGGGGAGGGGUACGAUAUUGGAGAAGACGAACAAGAGGAUUUUGAUGUCGAUAGAUACAUAGAUGGGGAUUCAGAAGACGAGGAAAACAGGGUAGGGGAGGUUGGGCAAAACAUGGAACUGGGUCAAGAUUCCGGAUCACCAUCUUCAGAUUAUAGUCAGUAGAAUCAAGUUAUAGACGA